AAUGCACUCACUGCAUUUCAAGGUGUCCUGACUAUGGGGCCCAGGAUUUUGGACUUCAGAAGCUCAGCACUUUCAGACCAUGCUGAAGUCCAAGCUGAAUGUCCUCACACUGAAGAAGGAACCUCUCCCAGCCGUCAUCUUCCAUGAGCCCGAGGCCAUCGAGCUGUGCACCACCACCCCCCUGAUGAAGACCAGGGCUCACAGCGGCUGCAAGGUCACCUAUCUGGGGAAAGUCCCCACCACAGGCAUGCAGUUUCUGUCAGGCUGCACAGAAAAGCCAGUCAUUGAGCUCUGGAAGAAGCACACGCUAGCCCGAGAAGAUGUCUUCCCAGCCAACGCCCUGCUGGAGAUCCGACCCUUCCAAGUGUGGCUCCAUCACCUCGACCACAAAGGUGAGGCCACGGUCCACAUGGAUACCUUCCAGGUGGCCCGCAUCGCCUACUGCACCGCCGACCACAACGUGAGCCCCAACAUCUUUGCCUGGGUCUACAGGGAGAUCAACGAUGACCUGUCCUACCAGAUGGACUGCCACGCUGUGGAGUGUGAGAGCAAGCUGGAGGCCAAGAAGCUGGCACAUGCCAUGAUGGAGGCCUUCAGGAAGACUUUCCACAGUAUGAAGAGUGAUGGCAGGAUCCACAGGAACAGCUCGUCCGAAGAGGCUUCCCAGGAAUUGGAAUCUGAUGACGGCUGAGUGAACUGAGGUGCUUCAGCCAAGGCAGCAUUGGUCAAGGAAUUUCGAGAGGCUAGUCGAAGAAGCAAUGAUUCAAAUUAGGGAUGAAAAGACUGCCAAACUGUUGGCCGACCCGGCUUUUUAAAUUCAGAAGAGCAAUUCUAAAUCAUAAGAGAUGUAUUAUUAAAGUCAUUAUGUUACAUUGAAAUCUGCUGCUGCUGUGACUGUGAGGAAGGUGGGAAUUCAGAUGGGGAGAAAGUUCUAGAACCCUUCCCCCCCCCCUUCAUUUCCUAACGCCUUCCCAUUGGAGAUCUCCAUGCUGAUGUUGGCCUCUCUCAGGCAAAUGCACUGUGGCUGUUAUUUGAUGGACCAUCCCAGUUUGCCUUAUGAAACUCAGCAGGAAGGUGAGAAACACGACAGGAUCUCAGAUGGCAGGGGAGGUGGAGCGAGAUGCUGAGUGACUCCGGUACUGAGGGGCCAGGGCACCACAGGCUGAGCAGAGAGCGCCUCUCCCAGACAGUUUUCAGACUCUCCCCUCGCGAGCAAAUCAGCAUAGUCUUUAUUGAGAUUCACAGCUAACCACCUGAUAGUUGGCAGUUAACUCACAGCUAAGGCAAUGCUUUUAUUUACAUAAAUAUAUCAACUAGUACCCUCUUCUGUAUGCACCAUCGAUGUUCUUAGGAUACUUGAAACUACUAAUAGCCCCUGCCCAACCUCCCAUCCCUUUCUUCCUCCUCCUUUCAAACUAUGUCAGCAUCCCGCUGAGGUUGGCAUCUGCACCUACACUGCAGGACAUGAAAAGGGAAGAAAAUAACCAGUCAGAUGAAAUAAUCAGUCAAGCUAGCAGUUGAAAACCACCACCACAAAAGAAACCUUGGAAAAGGGAAGGAGUUCUCAGCGAGUGAACAGCUCCUUUUUCACCCCAGAUUUACAGUAACGUGUUCGGCUGAUGUCCUGUCUGAGGAAGCCUUCAAUGGCGGCUGCCCCGGAGGCCAUCCAGGAGGCCUGGCCCCAUCCCUCCGUGUUGCACUUCGAUAGUGAACGAGUUACACAAACUUGACUUGUCUGGAGAACCCACUUAGUCCAAGAGGAAACCUGACUUGCUACUUUAAAAUUGGUGAUAAUUCAGAGUUGGAGAUGCCAGAUUGUUCAGUGAGAAGUCCAUUCUCUAAAAAGCCUGCAAUUUCUCAGUUCCACAGAUUUCUAAAUGUCCUAAAUGCAGAGUCAACAUUGAAUGACAUGUGUUAAAAUAUACACAUUGAAGGCUGAGAGCAGAUGAGUAGUUUUAGGAAAUGCUGACCCUAAAAGUCUGCUUUGAAUCCUGGCGAUGUCAGGAACACUGGCACUCUUUACAAAAGCCUUAAACGAGAGCUAAUCAAAUCCAGAGAGCAACGGUGUUGUGUUUGGGUCUGUGUACCUGUGUGUUCGUGUAUGUAUCUGUGUCUGUAUGUGUGCCCCAUGCGUGGGUCCAGUUUUAAGGCAUGUAGAAUAAGCAUGGAGUCAGAACGUGGAGAACACGCCUCUUGGAGAUUGCUUGCUGCUUUACAACACAUGUAAACUAUUCUUUAGCAUCAAUGCAUCCAUUCUUUAAUAAAAAUAUGUUUGCAUU